GAGCACAGGACCUGAAGGUGAUUCAGCCUGAGAAAGCAGUUUCUGUCCGUGCUGGAGAGUCAGUCACUCUGAACUGCACUGUGACUUCUCUGCGUCCACUGGGGUCCAUUAAGUGGUUCAGGGGCACAGGACAGAGUCGACAACUAAUAUAUAGUUUCACAGAAGAGAAGUUUCCCAGAGUCACAUAUGUUACAGAUGCUAUAAAGAGAUACAACCUGGACUUUUCCAUCCGCAUCAGUAAUGUCACAAUUCAUGAUUCUGGUACCUACUAUUGUGUGAAGUUUCAGAAAGCAGACGCUGACAAAGAGUUUCUGUCUGGGGGAGGCACAGUGAUCUAUGUCCUUGAAAUGAAGACAUCAGAUACUGCUGAAAUCCUUGUAGCUGUGUUCCUUGUACCCAAAAUGCUACUGGUAAUCGGUGCCUCUGCCAUCUACAUGUACAAGAAGCAGAAGGCCUGA